AUGGAGUCUGUCCCAGAACUGAUCUCAAGCAUGUUCUGUACCUCUGAUCGUCCCGUAGGAGGAAGCCUGAAGGAAACAGACAGCGAGUGCAGGAAGGAGCGGCGAGAGUCUCGUCUCAGCUCUAAGGGAAGCUCAGAGGACCGUCACACCUCCAGAGAGGAACAGCAAAGGCUUCUGGGAGCAGGAAUGAUAGAGUAUCCAUCAGUACAGAGCUACACCUCCACACCGGGCUGCAGUCCACCUGCUGAAGACACGGAAAAGACGGCAUAUGAUGAUAUCCAGACUGAGGGAUGGUUAGCGGACAGUGUGAAAGCAGACAUGGAGCAGGCCGGCACUGAAGAUGAUGAUCUGGACUGUGACGUCACGUAUGGAGAAGUGGAGCAGAGACUAGACCAACUGCAGGAACACCUGAGCAGGUUAGAGUCUCAGAUGACGUCAGACAUUCAGAGAAUCCUCCAGCUGCUGCAGAGACAGACGUGUUUGGGACCUCCGGCCUACAGCAGCCUCACAGCCGGUCCCGAGAACAAGAGAGCAGCCAUCAGAGUGCAGCCCGUCGCUUCUGCUCCCACCAACCCACAGCACUGCACAGCACAGGAUGCUGACUUUUUGGCCAUGACAAACAUCCAUCAUAACCUCAAAGACUCUCCGUCAGGUCUGGCCCUUAUGGACUCCAACCCGAAGCAGAGCCACGGGACAUGGUCCUCACCAGACUCCAGCAUCAUGUACCGCUUCACAAACAGCCAGACUCUUCCUCUGACACGACAGCAGUCCAGAUCCCUGCUUCCAGACGCCACAGCAGCUCUGGAGCUCCACAGACCGCCGUCUGAUCCAGGACUGCACUGACCCUCUCCUCUAACGUAGGGAAAGUCCAGGACGUCCCACGGCUCUUCCAGACCUACUUGGAAGCAUAAAGGACAUUUUAAAACAGGCAUUGGCCCAGACUUUAACACUAAUGUGACUUAGGAUUCACCACUGGCUCUCGCCUGUACAUUUGCUUCCUCUUCCUUCUCCUGCGUUACGCUCCUUGAUGCUGUCGAGGACGAUUUGGAAUGGAUUUCUGGUCAACACUUCCAUUUUCAGGAAGUCAGUCUCUUACUUUUCCACAUACUCUGUGUUCUGCACACUUUUACACUGGUGUAAGACUCAGGACAUUGAUGGUGGUUAAUUUAUCAUACUGGCAGAAUCUCUUCCCUGUUUUAGCAUUAUGAAUCUAAAUUAUAAUAAUGGCAUUUUACACUUCCAUUUGCAGAACCCUGUGGAAUUA